CUUCCUGGAAUCAUGGUGUAAAGUUUGCCGUUUGGUGACCUCGGUUCUUUCUCACUGGUGCGGGGAUUUACGUGCAGUUCAGAUAACCAUGUCCCGCCGGCCGAUCCAGACUCAGCCGCAGAGCCGGGGUCACGAGGGGGGGCAGUGGAGCACCGGCCUGUGUGAGUGCUACAAAGACCUCGGAGACUGCUGCUUCGCUCUGUGCUGCCUCCCUGUGUUUACCUGCAAGGUGACCAGCGCCGUGGGGGCCUGUCCCUGCCUGCCUCUGCUGGACUGCAUCGGCUGCGUGCCGCCGGCCUCCCUGGCCAUGAGGGCCUCGGUCAGGGAGCGAUAUGGCAUCAAGGGCAGCGUGUGGAGCGACUGCCUGUACGGAUGCUGCUGCUACCCGCUAUCCUGGCUCCAGAUCUCAAGGGAGCUGAAGAGAAGAGCAGCAGCAGCAGCUCAGGCCUCCUCCUCCUCCUCCUCCUCCUCCUCCUCAGUCAGAUACAGCGCUCUGACCUCCCUGCAGGGGGCGCACUUGGUCUAAACACCAGCAGACCAGGUCCUCCAGAGUACAGGAGUGGGAUUUAAUCACACUUCCUCCAGUCUGCAGCCACUCCCUGUUACCUCAGAGGAUUGAGCAGACACAAUGAGUCCUGCAGAGAGGCGGAAACUUCACUUUGUUCCAAGAUGAAGUGAAUGAACUGUGAUAAAACUCAUUCCUGAGUUCGUCUUUGAUGGGGUCUUUUCCAUCUCAGUGCCAUUGGUUCAUUCAGCAUUGAAAAGUAACACAGAUGCACAAAGGAUUUCUAAUUAAUUAUUGUUUCCAAUGAUAAAAAAAAGUCCAGUAUCUUGAAAUCUUUGAAAAGCAAAGACUGUUAGUGUUGUCGUGUUUCCACCAGUUUUUCUAAUAUAUUUGGGAGUUUUAGUGUGUUUCCCUGCAUGAUUUGAAUAUUAUUUUACAUUUCUCUCAUGUAAAUUUUGUGUGAAAGAUGUGGAACCUCCAUGUCGCCACUGCCCCGUCUGCACUGCUGUUAUUUUUGGUUAAAGGGGAACAACUGUGAAAUGCUCUCAUGUAUAUUUUUUGUCAAGACAGUAAUAAGUGCUUUAAUGAAAAAUUACAAUGUCUGCAUGCACAGGCAGAGGGUUAAAGGGUUAUAACUCCUUCUCAAAAGUGAAGGUAAAAAUUCCCUCAAAUACAAGGUCCAUGUCCUGGAAUUUGCAAUGUUGCACAAGCAGGUCUCUUUAUUGUCUCUUCCAUCUGAUAGCAAGAUCUGCUGCUCAUAUAGCCAACACCAAUAGUUUGUACAAAAGUUUGUUAUGAUGCUAAGCUCAUUACUAUGUGUUUGAAUUGAAGUGUAGUAGAAGAAGAAUUCCAUAUGGGCAAAAAACGACAAGAGGCAGGAGAUCUUUUAGCUCAACCGGCUUCAUUCUUCAAUAUUCUCAGAUCUCAAAGUUGGACUUCUACACUAAAUGAUUUCCAGGACUUUUAUGUUCUAGAUUGUGUGAUUUUUUUUUUUUAUUAUUUCACUGCUAUAAAUAAUACUAUAAACAUG